UUCAGUUAUGUAUUAAUACAUGUGUGUGUGUGUAAUAAUGUAGAUCUGUGGUUAUCGUAUUUGUCAAGCUGUAUGAACUUUAGUUUGAUAAGUAUCCUACACCUAGUCAUAGUUUCUUCAUUUUACUUUUCUGGUGUAAGACGUAAAGGUUUACUAAGAAUUAAUAUAAAAUUUCAUUGCAAGCACGUUAGAAUAAAUGUACAUUGAUUAACUAGAUACCAGUUUUUGUUAAUUUUAAUGGACGAAACUCUAUAAUUAUGGUUAACAACUUGAACUUUUUCAAAACGUUUUUGGACUAUGUAUACUAUAACAUCAUUACAGAAACCAGUUUCUGUUGUUUAUAAAGUAAUCUCACUAAAACCUGAAAGUGAUUCAUUUAAUUGGACCAAUUUUAUCUACCCAAUCUAAGAAAACUUCCUUUUUUUUCUUUAAAUUAUCUUCUGAUUAUUGAAAAUCAAAAGUCUAUAUAAUGUGCUUUGAGUUAAAGGGGUUCUCUCCAGACAAAACAUUAAGGGGUUUCACAAACUUGGUGGCUGUCACGUGAAUAUUUCUGCUUUUAUCUUAACUUUAAAAAGUUAGGAAUGGCAAAAGAUACAAUCUACCUGUGUAAUUUUAGAGUUUCUGUAGAUGGAGAGUGGCUGUGCUUGAAAGAACUGACAGACGUCCAGUUCGAUGUGCCACAGCAACCUCCACAACAUGACGAGAAAGAUCCUGUUGCCAUUGAGCGUUCAAAUCUUGUAAAUGUAACCAAGUUGGUGGUGAAAGAAUUAAUAGAAUCAUCUCUCAAGUACGGGAGAAUGUUAGACUCUGACCAUGUUCCCCUGCAGCACUUUUUCAUUCUUCUAGAGCAUGUAAUGAGACAUGGCCUUAAGCCUAAGAAGGGACUUCUGGGACCAAGAAAAGAGCUGUGGCAUCUUCUAGAGAUAGUUGAGAAAUAUAUGCCUGAGGCUUCAGACAUAACAUCCAGUGUCCGAGAACUUCCAACUGUAAAGACACACCCUGGUCAUGCACGGGCCUGGUUGAGAUUAGCUCUGAUGCAGAAACGUCUUGCAGACUACUUUCGCUUGUUGAUUGAUAAAAAAGAAGAAAUCCUAGUAGAGUUUUAUGAACCAGGAGCACUCAUGUUUUCUGAAGAAGCUGUAGUAAUCGGUGGCUUGCUGGUUGGUCUCAAUGUUAUCGACUGUAACCUUUGUGUGAAAGGAGAAGACCUGGACUCUCAGCAAGGAGUAAUUGAUUUCAGCCUGUACCUGAGAGAGAAUAACCACGCUGAGUGUCCGUCUGAAGGAGUCCACUCAACAGCACAUAUGACAGCUGUUUUGGAUCAGAAAAAUUAUAUAGAAGAACUUAACAGACACCUGAAUGCCACAGUCACCAAUCUUCAACAGAAAGUGGAGCAACUUCAGACAGCUAACACACUGAUGAAAGAAGAUUUGGCUAUUGCUAAGAACCAGGGGCUGAUGCUUCAAGAAGAAAACUCUAGACUUCAUCAAAUUCACAGAGACCUUUAUGAUAAACAUCAGAGAAGAAUUGUGGAAUCGGAAGAAGAUAUGAUGAUGGAGAGAGAAACGUGUCAGAAUACUAGAGCUGAAUUUGAAAUUCUGUAUAACGACUUGAAGAAGAAGCUACAAGAAGAAAGCAAUACAAGACAGGAGGUGGAACAAGAUCUACAGACACAGAUAUCGUUGAAGACGGAAACAGAAAUGGCUUUAAAACUGCUAGAAAAAGAUGUUCAUGAAAAAAAUGAAACCAUAAGCUCUCUACAACGUCAGGUUGAUGACAUCAAGAUGAUCAAUAUGCAGAUGUAUAACAGAUUACAGGAAUAUGAAAAUGUAAUAAAGGAGAAAGCAGACCAAAUUAGCGACCUCCAACAGAAAGUCUCGGAGAUGACAUGUAAUUUCCAACAGUUGGAAGCUAAGUAUGGAUCUUCUAGUGUACAUGAUUACUAACCUUUCACACUGUCUCUCUGGUUACUGAUUGUACAUAUUUGCCAUUGUUGUGACGACAGUAUAACCUGACCAUAUUAACCUGUCCUGCUAAUGUUUCCUUGCUUUGUAUUAUCCAACCCUUAAUGGCAUAAUAGUUACAGACUUUAGAUUGUUAAUAACUGCCUUGAAUCAUGUGCUUGUUGAUCUGCUCUUUCAGUGGCUAUAAUUUUAUCAGCUCACUUUACCAGGCUAAGCCUUAUUUUUCAAACACCUACGAUAAUUUUUCAUACUUUUUUUUUUCUGAUUAAAACAAUAAUAAAAUUUUAAUUUUUUUGGUUUUUAAUCAAAUCUUGAGCUUAUAAGUUUAAUAAUAAACAUUUGCCUUUGAUAGAAUAAAUCUGGAAUUAUCAGCCUUUUUAUUUAUUAUUUUUGUGUUAAAAAAAUCAGUCUUAAAAUACAGUGUACAAUAACAGUUAAUAUAAAACAUUAAAUAUCUGUCUACAUGUACAGUGGACCAACACAUUUGAGUGUUUAAUAUUUUAAAUGGUAUGUGAUAUCAUAACUGAUUUUUACAUCUUCGUCUGGAUUUUAUGGUAUAGGAUAGUUAUUAAGUGUUUGUAAUGAAUAUUCUUCCUAGUUACGAGACAGUUCUCUGAUUUUCUUGAUCAUUCUCACUCCCUGUCUUGCAAGUAAUAUUUAUUGAGGUCAAACUCCAAAGUUUUUGGUAUUCAAACUUGAUAUCACUAUCACUUCAAAUAAAAGAAACAACAUUGUACUUUUUUUGGAAUAAUUAAAACACCUUGUAUACUAGAAAUUUUCUUAUGGAUACUAAAGCUGUUCAUAUUAUUGUUCUUGAAAAAGUUUUGGCGAGGCCAAAAUUAAUUUACAACAGCUGUUGUCGGUGUUGCAACUUUCUUUAUUGCCAAUAACUUUAAUCCUCUGUUGAUCCCUACGUAUGGCAGUUAUUUUGAUUUGAACUUGAUUAUUUCAGAAGAAAUAGUUAAUAAUCGGGGGUGCUCGAAGAUUAAGCAAUCCUCCUUCACCCCUCAUGUGGACUGGAGGUAUGGGCUUGGAUUGAAGUAUAAACAAAGAAAUUGAUACAAACAAGCUAUGUAGAAAUCAUAAUCUUAAAUAAGCAUAAUUAUAAAUGGCCGAUAUCGGACAGAUGGUCCAUCAGGGCGAUGGGGGUCUAUAAAUCCUAUGCCAAGAUUGAGUUGCUGGUACCUUUUUUUACCAGUUCUCUCUCUUCCAAUCAGAUGCCUGUAUUUUACACUUAAAAACUUUGAGUAAAAAUACUACUUUUAUUUUGUAACAAUAAAUUCUGACAUUGAAAAAGUUAGCUAAAGUAUUAAAAGCUUGAAUUUUUUUACAGACAGAAGAAACCGAAUGCAUUCCGUAAUUACAAAACUAGAUCCAUUCUCCGUAGUUACAGAACUAGAUCCAUUCUCCGUAGUUACAGAACUACCUCCUUUUUUUUUAUUUAUUACUGCAUCUAAUUGUUUCUCAAAACUGAUUAUUUGGAAAUUGUGUCAUUAAAUUAGAUCUGAUUUUGUAUGUUAUGUAGUUUAUAAAUAUCACUACACGCAGAUCGAAGUCAAGUUAAGAGCACUAGCUAUUUUAAAAAAUCUAUAUAGUUAUUGGUUUUACAGAGACGUAGAAAGGAAGGUGUAAAUAAUUACUGUGUAGCCUAUUUUGUGAUGCAGGAAAGCAUCUUUCUCGUAUUUUGUUUCUAUACAUUUGGUUACUGCUUCUGUGACGUUACAUUUCACAAAAUAUACAGUAACAACCCCUUUUUUGGUCAUUAUUUCAAUGUUGUUUAUUACUUCAGCAUCCCCUGUUACAAGUAAGGCUUCUCUUCUCUACACUAGUACAUCACUAAUCUAGAAAAUUUUGAUGCAGAAUUUGGUUUUUGUCAUGAUGUUUUAAAAUUUAAUUUUCUUACUGUUGAUUUUAUUGUGUGUGUGUGCACUGGAUUAAUGUCUAUUUUUUGGCUCUUACAGCUUGCAAUAAUAUAACGUAUUAGUUAAUAGAGCUUUAAAGGGAUGAGAUUUUUCUUGAAAUCUAUAAAACAAAAUUCAAAUCUUGACAACAACAAAAUGUAUUUACUUUAGUUUUUUUUUUCUAUACUCUCAUAUUUUCUUUACUUAAAAAAUAAAACAUUUCAUUGCAUAGUAUCUAUAUAUCUAUCCAAUAAUCAACUUGAACAACAGUUAAUAAGUUUGAUCCAAAAGGUGUUUUGUAAUUAAUAGAGCAUUUCAUGUGAGCCAGUCACGUACUCUCUAAAUGGAAGAUACAGAACUAUCAUCAUAUCAGAUGUUGAUGUCACCGGGCAAUGUUUUAUUACAUUCAUAAACGCGUUAUUUUAUGUGAAGUGACUAAAGUCUGUGGGAUAUUAAAAAAGUGUAAUAUUUCAUCACUAUCAAGAACUGUGUGUCAGAACUAAAAUAAUUACAAAUAAUGAAGACAAUCUGAUGUAACAAACUGAUUUGAUGUUAUAUAUAUCAAUAUGCCAAGAAACCUAAGCCUUUAAGAUUACGAUAGAUUGAAUUCAACUGUAUUCGUUCCUCUUUGAAAAUCUAUAGAUAUAAUUAGAAAAUAACUCAACUCAAGAAAGUCUAGACAUGGUCAAUUUUCAGGCCUUGAGUUUCGCUUGAAUCGGUUGAAUUUUGGUUUUCUUCUAAAGGAAAGAAUUACACUACAAGUUUCUUAUCCACAUCUUUAGAAGUAGAUCACACUUACGUUACAAAGGCUCACUUGUUUAGAUACAUCAAUUCUUUUAUUUCUGAGAUAAUAACAAAAAUAUUAUAAUUAUUUGAACCAAUACAUAAAACUACUCGCCUGAAAUACUUUUACUGGCAAAAAAAAAACAUUGUACAUUUCUUUAAAAAAUAAAAUACUUAGAUGGACUUUCUUGAUUUGUAGGACAUAAAGGUAAUUUGUUUUACUGUUUGUUUGUUGUUGUUAUGGAUUCCAUUUUAUUGCUUAUGCUGCUUGAAAAAGUUAAAAAAGUAACAGUAAUAAAUACAAAAAAUUUGUAAUUGAAAUUAUCUUCAUUUACAGUUUUCUUGCAUUAAAUGCAUUUCUUAUGAAUUUUCUAAUCCCACAAAUUUAAAACUAAUUUUUAUUUAAACCUUAGUAGAUAUACCCUUUAGUGCCUGGUUAAUAUACAUAUAUAUAGGUUAUUUUCAAGCUAGCUACACUUUGUGAAAUCAGGAAGCUCCGAUUAGUCUUGAACUUAAAUUUGGGAAAUUGUAUUGUUAUAUUUUGUUCAGUUAAAAACUUUAACUGGAGUUGAUUUCUUUCCCUCCCCCAGUGGAACAGUGGUAAGUUUACACACAAUGCUAUAAUCUUGGGUUUAAUUCCCUCAGGUGAACACCCCAUCGUGCCCUACAACAAAUAAACAAAUAUGUUUUAUAUUAAGCUGCAGAACAAACAGCAAGUGAACAAUUUCGUAACAAAGCACAAGAAGAAUUUUUUAAACCAACUUAAAAUCAAUCUUUAUGUUUUGUAAAACUAUAUAGUUGUUAGUUGUAGUCAUAAGUCUGUGAUGGAAAUAUCUGUGUGUAACAUUAUAUAUUUUAAAGGAGUUGAAGUAAGAUCUGGGUAUAAUAUUUUUAUUGGUUCGAGAAAGAUUUGAUUGUGAAAGUAUCUCGGGAAUAUUCACACGCUAGUGUUGUAACUAAUUUUUACCUUUACAUCAUGAUGCUGCUAAAUAAAAAGUGAAUCAAAAUUUGUUCUUUGUUUUUACAGGAUGCUAUAGACGCUUUUUUCAUGUUUAACUCCAAAAUAUACCCAAAUUAAAAUACAAAUAAUGAUCACAGACAUUAAGAUACAUAAGAGAUAUACAUGCAGACGUACAUACACGUAUGUGUAUUCAAAGCACUACCAGUUUUGAUAUAUCUUUAUUUAUGUACAGGAAUCCCUCGAUUAGUGCGAUUAAUGUGUUC